AUGUUUUUAGAGGCUAAAUAUAAAUUGUAUCAGCACACUUCCUGUCUGCCACAAAAUCUUUAUAAAACUGAGAGGCUGCUGCCGCGUGGGUCACACUGUCAAGGCAGUCAGGUGAGUAUGUUUCAGGUGGAUGAGAACUACACCCGAGUGUCAGAGUUUAUCAUUGUGGGCUUCCCAAGUCUCCAGCCGGGGUAUUUUGACCUGGUGGCGUGGUUCUUCUUCUUCCUCUAUGUGACCACAGUGGCGGGCAACCUUCUGCUGGUGGUGGUGUUUGCUUUGGAGCACACUCUCCAGAAGCCCAUGUACAUCGUCAUGGUCAGCCUGGCCCUCUCAGACACUGGCUUUGCCACAGUGGCUUUACCCAAACUAAUCGCUCGCUACUGGUGGAAUGAUGGGAGUCUUGGCUUUCACACUUGCCUCUUCCAAGAGCACAUGAUCCACUAUUUUGGCUCCUUGAACUCCCUCAUUUUACUGACCAUGGCCCUGGACCGAUAUCUGGCCAUCUGCUUUCCCCUCAGAUAUCCGAUGCGGAUGACAAACCGAACCAUGACAGGCCUCGCGCUCUUCUGCUGGAUGGUUGCACACAUCUUUCCUGGCAUCAGCACCAUCAACUUUGCCAUGAUGCCGUUUUGCGGGCCCAACCAAAUCAUACAUGCCUUCUGCGACACCAUGUCUCUCACGCCUCUAGUGUGCGGGGACCCCAGCCGACAAUUCGGCGCCGCCUUUGCCGGGGCCAUGUUCAUCCUUUAUGUUCCUUUAGCCUUCAUCAUCUUUUCCUACAUUUGCAUCGUCAUCUCAGUAUUGCGAAUGGCCAGUGGACAGGGCAGAAUGAAGACCUUCUCUACCUGUGCCACUCAGGGCUGUAUCAUCUCUAUCUACUACAUACCACGUUUCUUCGUCUACUCCACACCUUUCUUCCCUAAUCUGACAAUGACCCCUGACAAGCGUAUAGCCACCACCCUCUUCUACAGUCUUUUCCCUCCACUCAUCAACCCAUUCAUCUACUGUCUGAGAACCAAGGAGAUCAGGCAAAUAUUCACACGCUGGGUCCAGAGACGAAAGAGCAUUAGGCCUACGAAGCAAGGCCAAGUUGUCGCUGCCUGA